AUGUCAUAGCAGCUUUCCAAGGACUUUACUCGGUGACUGCUCGUGCGGCCCAAGUGUAUGCCAAGUCUUUAUCAAGAGAUGCAAAUGAUGCUAUAUUAGCAACGAGGAUACUUUCUCAAAAUCAGGUUAGGAGAUUCUGUGUCUUUUUAAGAGAGUCUUGUGAGGUGCACGCCGACUGUGGUUGCAACCCGCACUCUUCAUCCACGGUAUACUUCGGAAUGAAGCGAGGGGCAGUCGUGCGCGUAUGAUCUUGGCACCCAGUUGUGACAGCAGUAUUGGACAUUUGACCAUCUUACAGCAGGUUACCGCUAUUAGUUUAUCGAGUAUCGGGGGACCAAUCAUGUCUUCAAGAGAAAGACAAAAAGGAAAUAUGACGAAAGACAGCGUCAGCUUGCUGCCCUGCUUCUAUUUCGUUGAGCUCCCCAUCCUGGUGUCGUCGGUGGUGAGUCUGUACUUUCUGGAGCUGACAGACGUGUUCAAGCCGGUCCGCUCGGGGUACAGCUGCCACGACCGCAGCCUCAGCCUGCCCUACAUAGAGUCCACUCAUGAGAUUAUCCCCCUGCUCAUGCUGCUCAGCCUGGCCUUUGCUGGACCCGCCAUCACGAUAAUGAUCGGAGAGGGGAUCCUGUUCUGCUGUCUGUCCAGAAAAAGGAAGGGUGUUGGGGCAGAGGCAGACAUCAAUGCAGCAGGCUGUAGCUUUAACUCCUUCAUCCGCAGAGCUGUCAGAUUUAUUGGUGUCCAUGUGUUUGGCCUGUGUGCCACAGCUCUCAUCACAGACAUCCUCCAGCUAGCGACGGGCUACCAUGCGCCUUACUUUCUGACUGUGUGUAAACCCAACUACACCACGCUCAACACAACCUGCGACGAGAACACCUACAUCCUGCAGGAUAUCUGCUCCGGGUCCGAAAUCGCAGCCAUCAACCAGGGCAGAAAGUCUUUUCCGUCUCAACAUGCCACACUGGCUUCCUUUGCCGCCGUCUAUAUCUCUAUGUACUUCAACAGCACACUUACUGAGUCUUCUAAACUACUGAAGCCUCUGCUGGUCUUCUCCUUCGUCAUCUGUGCCAUCAUUUGUGGGCUGACCCGGAUCAUCCAGUACAAGAACCAUGCUAUUGAUGUCUACCUGGGCUUUCUGCUGGGCGGGGGAAUAGCUGUCUACUUAGGUCUUUACGCAGUGGGGAACUUCCAGCCCAGUGAGGAUAGCUGCAGCUGCCCUCCACCCCAGCCCCGCGGUCCCUGUCCUAUACCCCACAUCAGCCAGGAGGCCAUGCGCCAUUUACAGGUGAAGAGCUGCAGCGCCAAUAUGGACGGGCUCUCUACCUCCCACUCCGAGGGCAUCCUCCACCAUAACCCCCACCACCGAGAUCCCUCCUCUGGCUCCCUCACCAACCUGAAGAGGUCCAGUGCUGAAGUGGAGGUCAUCACCUCGCCCCGCAGCCCCAUGGGAAAGGAGAGCAUGGUGACGUUCAGCCACACCCUCCCCCGUGUCCACACGCCAGCGAUGGAUGACGGCACACGCCGCAACGCCACCAUCCACCACAGUCACCAUGCCUCCAUGGACUCCUCCCGCUCCAAACAGCUCCUCUCUCAGUGGAAGAGCAAGAAUCAAGAGAGCCGAAAGCACUCCCUGCAGGUGAUGGAGGGUGAGGCGGCGGCCCAGUCACCCCACCACCGGGGGAGCAUGGACUCCAUGAGGUACAGCUCUGAGCCCUCAGCCGUGGGGAUCAACGGGGUCGAUCUGCCAACGCAGUAUGUGAAGCUAGCUACCGGGGCCAGCACCACACUACCCAGAGACUGCAGCGGCAUAACAGGAGGGGCCAGAGUCUCUAUGCAGUCCCGACCUGGUUCCUCACAGCUGGUCCAUAUCCCAGAGGAGACCCAUGAGAACUUCAACAACCCCUCGCCCAAGAUGGGUGCGGGAGAUGUAGGCGGCGGUGAUAUAUGCAAUAGUGGAGCUCAUGUAAACUGGGUGAAGGCUGCUGAGAAGGCAACUGCCCCAUGUAGGACUAUGAAUGGCAGCCAGCAGCCGCGGAUCAUGCAGGUGAUUGCCAUGUCCAAACAGCAGGGUCUGCUCCAGACUCACUCCAAGAGCAUGGACGAGGGCUGCAUGGACGGCUACACCGGAGGGUCCCUCCGCUACAGAACCCUGAAUGAACCAAAUCCCAUGGGCACGACUUGCAGCACGUUGGGAAGCUCCGUGGGCAGCAUCUCAGGCAGCACUGGAGCCAUCGUGAGGGUGGACGCCCAUCCCGAGAACAACAACAACCGCCCCAUGGUUCACGCCCCUUCGACGGAUAUUAGCAGUGGGGGUUCCUGGAAGACCUGGAGGUCCCAGGACCAGUGUGGGGGUGGUGGUAUCGGUGGAUGCAGCCAGGGCCAGUCAUUCGAGCUGAAUGACCUGAAUAGAGAUUCAGAGAGCUGCGAGUCCCUGUCCAUGAGGGACGGCUCCAUUGGCUCCAUAGACAGGAGGAGACAUGCAAAUCCCACUGCUGCCACCAAUACACAGAACGCAGGGGGCGGGGAGCACUCCCUCCAACAGCAGCAGGGGAUCACCACCAUCAGAGUGACCCCAGUAGAGGGGGGUGAGGUCCCCUCAGAGCCCCACUCUGUGGCCUCCAGCCGGGACUCCACACUCCGGAGGAAAGGGAAAGGGAACAUCAUCCUGAUCCCAGAGCGAGGGAACAGCCCGGAUAACACCCGGAACGUUUUCUACAAGGGUACUUCAUCAACACCCGGUUUGUAGAGGAAGAGCAUUGUCACUUGACUGUGUCCCAAAUGGAACUGUAUUCCCUAUAUAGUACCUGCUUUUGACCAGGACUCAUAGGGCUCUGGUCAAAAGUUGUACACUAUAUAGGAAAGAGGAUGCCAUUUGGGAAACUGCCCUUGUUCACUUGGAUGUUCACAGAAUUUUCAAGAAAAGAACAGUCAGUGGGAGGGGUUGUUUCACUCUUGGGGAUGUUUGACCCCUUCCACUGCAUCUGUGAUAAGAGGCAAUCCAUCGCCAAACGUUGUAUCCAGAUACAUUUUAUUAGUCACAAAGCAGGCUUUAUUCAGCAUGAUAUUUGUAAUUGUUCCCACAAAAGCACAACCUUUUUGGUCCUGUAGAGCGGUUUACUAUGUUCUUAUGUACUCUAAUAGAAACAUAAUAGCACUGGAAUUGUGUCCAAUUUGAAAUAUUUUCAAAAGUGGGUUAUCAAAUUUUUGUUUUCCUUUUUUUCCACAAAGAUCAAUACUACCAUAAAGGUGGAAACAAUAAUCUUUUAAUUGUCUGCAUCGUAAAUGCAGACAAUUUUGAACUGUGUGCUAAACCACCCACACUAUUUAGAUCAGGGGUGUCAAGGGUGAUUUUGCCCCAGGGGCCGCAUUCGGUCUUCAAAAAUGUGUUAUAUUUCCACGCCAUUAAAAUUUGCAAGGCAUACUGUAGUCCUCUAUCAAUUUUGGAAUUUUCCAUGCUCCCUGACUGUCUGGCUUUCAUUUUGGGGAUUAUUAGCAGGCAAGACACAGGCAAGAAACUGUAUGAAUGUAGGUCCUUUAUCAGUUCUACACAGUUUUGAUUUAGUUUUAGUAAUUUAGUAAAGUACAUUGAGUUCUUACUCAAACCACCCGCAGGCCGGAUUGGUGCCGUAUGUUUGACAUACGGCACCAAUCCGGAUGUAGAUUUUUUGACACCCCGGAUGUAGAUGAAAUACUGUGCAUAGAGUACAAAUAAAUAGAGAGAACAUUUGGAACUUGAUAUAGUUAGAGAACUACCUUUUGUAUGAUUUUCUGUAUAGAUGCCACAUUCCCUAGAGAAAACUGUGUUAAUGACCAUAAGUGCUUAGCAUUCCUACUGUAGCUAAAUUAAAUAUGCUGUGAACUGCACAAAAACUGUGUUUCCUACACCUUUAUAUUCAAUGACCAGGUUGUGUUUGUUCUAUCACAAUAAUACUGUUUGGAUUUUAUUCUACCAACAUACCGUACAUGAUUUUUCAUGGUGUCUACAUCCCAAAUGGCCAACUCAGACUCAGGGGUAGACAUAGUAAAUUCAAAUCUGUCUCCCUCCAUUUGGUAUGAUACUUUACAUUUUGUAUGGUAUGUAUUCAUUUGUGUAUGUCCAUCAUCCAUUUCGUACAAUAUGUUACAAAUUUGCAAUACGUAUGAUAUGUUACGAAUUCCAAUUUGUUGUGGCUAACAUUAGCUAGUUAGCUGGCUAGGUGGCUAACGUUAGCUAGGCUAGGAGUUAGGGGUUAAUGUUAGGGUAAAGGUUAAGGUCAGGAGUUAGUGUUAGGUAGAAGGGUUAGCUAACAUGCCAAAUAGAUGCAAAGUAGCUCAAAAAUGUAAGUAUUUGCAAAGUUGCUAAUUAGCGAAAAUGCUAAAAUUGUCAAUAUGUGACUCAAACAUGCAAACUUUCAGUUGCUAGGCGUUUGCCCUACAUGCCGAGCCAUCCACCCCAACCAACCUCUGUCCAUUGGUUUUUGGCUUAAGGAAUCUUGUAUCUUAUGUAACCAUACCAAACGUAACAUGUCGUACUAAUUUGACUGUCACAGGUUCAUGUUUACUACAGUAUGUUACGUCUAGUCUUUGAGGCUAGGCUGAAAUGGCACCCUAUUCCUGAUAUAGUACACUACUUUUGACCAGGGCACAUAGAGGUCUGGUCAAAAGUAGUGCACUAUGUAG